AUGGGAUCGUUAACAUCAGAACCACCUUUAGAAGAGAAAUACGAGGAUCUCUUUCGUAAGUAUUCGAAUAGUGAUACUGUUGAACACGGAGAAGGAACCUUUAAUACCGAGGGAGUGGAGGAAAUGGAAUUGCCACUUAUAGACCUCGGGCGUUUGAGCUUGGGAGGAAAGGAGGAACAAGAAUGCAAAAGAGAAAUUGCUUUGGCUUCACAAGAAUGGGGAUUCUUUCAAGUAGUGAACCAUGGAAUUUCUCGAGAAGUUUUGGAGAGAAUGAAGAGCGAAGAAGUGAAGCUUUUUCGAAGGCCGUUUAUGGAGAAAGUAAAUGAUGCAUGCAUGGAUUUUCCGGUGGGAAGUUACCGGUGGGGAUCGCCGAAUGCCACCUCUCUGAGUCAGCUUUCUUGGUCGGAAGCUUUUCAUGUGCCUAUGUCUAACAUAUCUUGCUUAACCGGUCGGGACAAUCCCAGGUAA